AUGUACCAAUUGUCCUCAGAUCCCGACUUUCAUUUCGAAAUUCUCCGCGUCCUUGCGCUCGCACCCUACGAAGGCUCUGACAUUGGCGAAGUCCUUAUCGCAGCCAAUCAAAUUCUACCAAAGAAUAUGGAGAGUUACUCCGGCGCCUUCAAUGCGCUUGCCGAUAGGGUACAAAAUGUGUCAAACGCUAUUGACGUGACGAAACACCCUAUAUCAGCCAGGAAUGCUUUUUUCAGAGCUUCAAGCUACUACCGCUCCGCAGACUUUUUUUUGCAUGGCAACUGGAGCGACCCACGUAUAUACUCGCUGUGGGAUCAGCAACUCGCAGCUUUCAAUUCUGCUAUUGCUCUACUUCCCACUCCUGGAGAGAGAGUUGUUUUGAAGGGGAAUGGAUUUGAUAUUCCAAUCGUAUUUUAUGGCAGCGGACUUCCCGGGCCGCGACCUACCCUCAUUUUAUGCAACGGUUACGACGGCUCGCAGGAGGAGAUGUAUCAUUUUGUGGGCCAGGCAGUAGUCCAACGUGGCUGGAAUGCUAUCACGUACGAAGGUCCUGGCCAACCAACGGUGAGACGCGAACAAAAUCUCGGAUUCAUUCCACAAUGGGAACAGGUCGUCACUCCAGUUGUUGACUAUGCUCUAACAAGGCCAGAAGUCGACCCGGUUGCCAUUGGUUCGGUAGGUUUGUCAUUUGGAGGGUGGCUAGCUCCUCGUGCGGCUGUAUAUGAGCACCGACUUGCAGCCACUCUCGCUGUCGAUGGUUUAUAUGAUUUUGGUCCAUUUAUGCUUAACAAGUUCGGGCCUGAGAUGACAGCUCUUUUCAACUCUGGAAAUGCGACGGCCUUCAACGACAUCAUGUAUCAUAUUCUUGAGGACCCUAGCACUUCCACCUCCACUCGCUGGGGUAUCCAGCAAGGUCUCUGGGCCUUCGAUGCGGCAACGCCAUUUGAGUGGGUUUCUAAGAUGCAAAAUUUCAAUCUUGAGGGUUUAACUCAAAAUAUCACUAUGCCAGUUUUUGUCGCUAGUGCUCAAAAUGACCUCUUCUUCCCUGGUCAGGCCCAGGCCCUGGCAGCUCAUCUCAUAGAUGUUACCUACCAUGCUUUCACUAAUGAGGAGGGCGCAGGCGAGCACUGUAGCACUGGGGCGGAUGUGUUGCAGAACCAGGUCAUGCUUGACUGGUUCCAACACAUUAUCGAAACCAUAGAGGGUUAG